AUGCCGUCAAAAGUCACGGGACGCAUCGUGAAGGCGAGGAAGUAUUAUUCCACCCCCCACAAUAAGAAUCACAGAUGGGAAACCUUUACCGCAAAGAUCGCCAAGUUCAAUUCUUUGCAGCCUCUUCGAAAAGUUCGACGACACGAUCUCGACACCGAAGACUUUGCCUCCGCGACCUCAUACUUUGCCAAUGGAAUGCAAAGAUGGAACGAGCUCAAUGUAUCGAAGGUGUUUGUCAAUUUCAAACGACAGGUGCUCCCGUUGUGCGAGAGUUUGGCCCAGAUCGUGCACUUCGAGGACCGUAUCAUGGAACUGCUCGCUGAGCACAUAUCGAAACAGGACAAGGAAUCACUCGAGCCUUUACUGGAUCUUUUGACGGCCUUCGCUCAUGAUCUGGGGGCGAGAUUCGAGAAACACUACGCCCAAAGUCUUUCACUUAUCGUAGCAGUCGCUGGAAGGCCGCAGGAUGUCGAGGUCAUUGAGUGGACAUUUGGAGCUCUUGCUUUCCUGUUCAAGUACCUUUCGAAGCUUAUCGUUCCAAACAUACAGCCCACAUUCGAUAUAAUAGCACCGUUGUUGGGAAGAUCCAAGCACCCUCCUCAUAUUGCACGGUUUGCUGCCGAAGCAGUGAGCUUCUUAGUGAAGAAGGCUGGCGCCCCGUCGCACCGUGAGACCGCGUUACCAAAGUUUGUCGACCAUGUCAAACUGGAUUUGUUCAAGAUGGCCGAAGAUCGGCAGUACACACUGUACAAGGAUGGUAUCAUGACCAUGUUUGCCGAGGCGAUCAAGGGCGCCGAGAAUUCUAUCCACACAUCAGCCCCUGCGAUUGUUACUCAGCUUAUUGAUGCCAUCCCUGAGAGCCUCGAUGAUCACGAGGACCGCACUUCGGCUUCGACGCAAGAGAUUUGGACGGAUGUCGUCUGUGGCGUACUGACCAGCGCUAUCCACCACUCCACCCCGGACACAUUUGGAGAGCUGGCCGAUACAACGCUCGACAAGAUUAUCUCUUAUGCAGGAGAUCAAAAUUCCACGGGGAAGUGGUGGAGAUUUAUUCCUUUCUUCAGGGUUGUCGGUGUCAUCGGAGGUGUUCGAAGAGGUUCUAGGAUUACCAAUUGGCCAAAACUUAUAAGCACAAUCACUCAGAUGCUUGACAGGAUUGCUAAGGAACGGGAGGAAUCAUAUCCCGACGAUCAGGAAAAUAUCUGGAAGCACUUGAUGGUCCCUAUAGCUAUUGUUUGGCACCAUAUUCCUAUCGAUGCUCUCCUGGCACACCACGGCGCGUUGGUCCAAUCAUUGACAAAGGGCUCCUUGAUGGGGUGGUUUAUCCCAUUCUGUUCCUAUGCAUGCGAACUUGAUCCUAGUAGGUUCAGCAAUCUACUUAGAAGCGAUUUUCAGAAGUUCAUUCUCACACAUUGGUCCCAGAGGGACAAUGAGGAAAUGCUUUGCGUGCUUCUCCCAAUGAUGAUUCAGAAGCAAGCCUUUCCUCCCCCAGGAGAACGUGAAAGCUGUAGGCUUCCACAGGCAUGGCAAGAUCAGAUCGUCUCUAAAUUUGAGAACCUGGAGAUUUCCCCUUUUCCCGAGAGAGGACCAUAUAACAAGGACCCUCAAGUUUGGAGAGAUCGUUGCUUGCCCAAGUAUUCUGCUCUUCUCCAAUUGCUUGACCUGACUACAGUUCACCCAUCCACCAAUGCCAGAAUUUCCGAGUUGCUGCUUCGGAAGCUGAAGUUGGCUCUCCGACCUUCUUCUACUCUUGCCUCAGAUGAAGUCCACUUCAUCGUGAGCCAAGGGUUUCACGCAUACCUCCGAAUGGGCAAGGUGGGCUCGUCAAUUGAUCCUGGCUUACGUCCUUUGCUGCGAGCUGCAGUGCCUCGUUUUGCCAGAUCUGUUGGUUUCCUUGAGGCAUACAUGGCGUACGUUGAAUACCUGCAGGAGACUGGGGAUUCCUCGGACAAUGAGGCGACCUCCAGCGAAGAUCUGGAUUCCAAGCAAGACCCCGUCCUCACCUCUCUGGUUGAGAACCUUAGCUCACCAAGCCAUGAUAUUCGUUUGGUGUCUCUCAAACUCUUGAAACAUCUGAGCGAGCUUGGAGACGAUGAGAUUCUGGAUACCAUGAUCGAGAUAGAGCAGUUGCCGUUGGGAUUGGAGCACACCAGGACAAUUUCCAUGCUACUGCGCAAGCUGGGACAGGGUUACUCUUCAGUGGGCAAUGACAGCUGGCUCUUGCACGGAAUACCAAACUUCACUUUUGGCAUGCUGACAGUGAAGCUAUCGCCCGUCUGGGACGAUGCUACGGAGACAUUGAAGCAAAUUUCCCAGACUAAGGCUGGAGAGGAGGUAGUACGUGCCAUCGCUUUUCAAUGGCUAGACGUCCCGUCGCCAAAAUGGAGCUCGCCCUCAAAUGACAACCACCUGAGCAAUCGGCGUAUCAUUACCGACUUUGAUUGUACACACCUCCAGAAUCUGAAUAGGCGGGCAACGAGUCUUCAUGGUACCAUCUUCAACCCACAAGAUCGUAUGCUGCAGCAGUUUGACGAAAGGCAAAGCACCUCGGAUUUGACCCUGGAAAAUGCACGAUCACGAGGUUUGAAGGUUUUCAAUGCCAUCCCUUUCAUUGCUGAGAGACGAUCCCGACUGAUAGUCCCUCACUUUCUUUCAUGGGCCUAUGAGGACACAGACCCCGCAGCCAUUGAAGACGGCGAAGAAGCGCAUCACUCACAUUGGUCUCUGGCAGACAGGAAAGCGUUGCUUGGUGUCUUCUCCCAGUUUCUCAACCCCAAGUCGCUGUUCCAACAUGAGAAAGUUUACCUCGCUCUCCUGCAGUUGAUGGAAAACGGAGACGCAGAGGUGCAGAAGAUGACCUUGAAAGCUAUCCUCAGCUGGAAACAAGAAGGAAUAAAGACAUACCAAGAGAACCUUGAGUUUCUUCUUGACGAUGCUCGAUUCAAAAACGAGCUCACAGUUUUUCUCCAGGGCGAAGACAUCAUCAAGCCAGAGCAUCGCAGUGAGUUGAUGCCUGUCCUUCUGCGGCUUCUCUAUGGUCGGACUAUCUCGAAGAAGGGUGCGGCCAGCGGUAAGCAUGGCCUUCAGGCAACGCGUCUGGCUGUUCUACGAAACCUCUCUGUGAAAGACAUGGGUGAUUUCUUGGAUAUCGCAGCCGGAAAACUUGGGGCUGUCAAAGUUUUAGACCCUAAAAAGUCAAGAUCCAAACUUUUCGAAACGGCGCUUAUCCAUCCAAGGAAGCAAGUCGGUUUCCUCAAUAUGGCAUCUUCCUUAAUUUCCGAGCUGGGGACCAAUGUCUCCCAGUAUAUGGAAGCCAUCCUCAAUGCCGUAUUGUACUGCGUUAUCUUUUCGUCUAGACAACUCCACGGCGCUUCUUUGGAUGUUGAAGAUGAGGCGGAAGCAAAGGAAGAUGUGGCCAGCACUCAGUCUCUCCUGAGAAUCACAAGGUCUACAGGUCUAAAAUGCUUGAACCUCCUAUUCCAAAAUGCUCAGGAUUUCCAGUGGUCUGUCUAUCAUGAUAUCAUCAUCGAGGAGAUCAUUGCCCCUCGACUUGAGAAUAUGCCAGCUGAGACGACACAAGGCGUCUCAGGUGUCUUGCAGCUACUGUCGACUUGGUCUGUACUGCCAAAGGUGGCACUCUUCCUUGGUCCGCAUGGCGAUUCUGUUCCAAAUGGUGUCCUUCCUCAGGUUAUUGCUUGCCUUGGAGUCGAGAAGGCCAAAGACGAGGUCAGGACAUUCAUUCUCGGCAUGAUUCGCAACCUGGUCCGGCUCUCCCUGCUCCCCGCUCAGGAGUCUGAGUUCAAUGAGUUGAUUAAGUCUGAGUUGAUUGACGCAAAUUCUAAUCAAAUCCUGCCCAUCAUCACCCAAAUAUUAGAGGCCCCUACAACAAGUACCGAGCUUCUCGAUGCUUGCGUGGAGACAAUGUUGUCAUUAGCCCAGGUUCUUCAGGAAUCCAGUGCUGUGCCCCCAGUUCUCCGGAUUGCAUCCUUUCUACUCCAACAGCCCCCUCGAAGAGUAAGUCCUAGGACCAAGGGAAGGGUACUUCUGGUUGUGGAGAACUUCAUCGCCCUCAUCGAACCGGGCCAACAUCAUGAUCUUUGCGAUGAAAUGUACGGCACCUUGUCCUCGCUAUUCGGCUAUUUCAAGGAUAGAGAGAACCGGCAAGCGCUCUGCCGUGUCAUCACGCUAAUGUCAGACGGAGACGAUGGUAAACUCGCCGUUGCCAAGAUAUGCACUGAUCUCAACACUUUCAAAGAAGGACGGAUCGAUGAGCCAGAUUAUGACCGAAGGCUGUCUGGAUUCAACGCCAUUGCGAAGGGUAGGGAGACCCCUUUCACACCCCAACAAUGGCUACCACUAUUGCACAAUGCCAUCUUCUUCAUCCAGAUGGACGAAGAAUUCGGUCUCCUAUCAACGAACUCUGCAGAUGUUUUGCGUCGUAUGGUUCAUGAGGCACAGAAUGCAAAUUCCGAAUCUGCCCGAUCUAAGAUGCAGGAAUACAUGAACGGGAUUUUGAUGCCAGCUAUCUACGCUGGGGCCAGAGAAUCAUCCGAGACUGUCCGUCGCGAGUAUCUUCGUGUUCUCGGCUUCAUUUUGUGCGCCAUGCCUGGCUGGGGCCCAGUCAAGGAUUUAGUUGGGUUGUUGGAUGAAAAAGCGGAAGAUUCGGCGGAGCCCAUGUUCUUCUUUAACAUCCUGAGCCCUGCCACCUCGAGGCAACUCGAAGCCCUGGGGACGCUAGAUGCAGCAAACCAGUCUAGUGAGAUGAGCAGCCAGAACCUUGCGCAAUUCUUCAUCCCAUUGCUUGAGCACUUCAUCUAUGGCCGUGAGAACGGGAGCGACGACCAUGGCCUGGGCGCCCAAGCUACCACUGUGAUUGGCAGCUUGGCUUCAUCUCUUCACUGGAAGCAUUACCGAACUACAUUGCAGCGCUACAUUGGAUAUAUUGCUUCAAAGCCUGAUUUCCAGAAGCAGACAAUCCGCCUCCUCGGAAAGGUCAUCGAUGCGCUCAUCCUGUCGAAGAAGAGUUCAACAUCGGACACUAUGGAGGUUGAUCAAGGAGAUGACGCUUCAUCUCCUAACGUCAGACGAUUAGUCCUCUCGAUACCAAAGGAGGCCCAGUUGAGCACUGAGAUUGUAGAUACCCUUCUUCCGACCCUCGUUAAGCAUCUUCACGAGAAGGAUGAAUCGGAAGUCAGCUUCCGAGUGCCUGUUGGUGUGACCAUCGUGAAGCUGUUGACGCUCCUACCUCCAGAGCAGAUGAGCCAGAAGCUGGCCGGGGUGCUGACUGAUAUCUGUCACAUUCUCCGCAGUAAAUCAGUAGAGGCCCGAGACAUGGCCCGUGACACACUUGUGCAGAUUGCCGUCAUUCUAGGGCCGACCUUCUUCGGAUUCAUUCUCAAAGAAUUGCGAGGAGCUCUGACCAAAGGUUAUCAGCUACACGUUUUAUCGUACACAAUGCACUCCAUCCUGGUUGCUGUUAUUCCAGGCUUCGAGCCUGGUGAUCUGGAUUACUGCCUACCAACCAUAGUUAUGAUUAUCAUGGAUGAUAUUUUCGGUGUCAUUGGCCAAGAAAAGGACGCUGAAGGCUACACUACCCAAACGAAGGAAAUCAAGAGCAGCAAGAGUCAGGAUUCCAUGGAGCUAGUGGCGAAAACUGCGUCCAUCACACAUCUCAUCCACCUUGUCAGACCCUUACAAUCGUUGCUGAUGCAAAAGGUUGACCUCAAAAUCAUCCGAAAAAUCGAUGUUCUUAUGGCUCGGAUCUCUGCGGGCCUGUUGCAAAACCCUGCCUCCAACAGCCGUAACACACUAGUAUUCUGUUACGAAAUGAUCCAGAACGUCUACAAGAGCCACCAGCCAGAGGCAGAGCAAAAGUUGGAUCCGAGAAUUCGAAAAUACCUGGUACAGAAGGGCGCCAAGAAGAGUGGCGAACGAGGCAGCACAACGAAGAACACAUUCAAGAUUAUGCGCUUCGCGGUGGACAUUCUUCGAGCAAUGUUCAAGAAGCACGAUGGACUGAGGACAGCCGAGAAUCUCGUGGGAUUUUUGCCUAUUCUUGGUGACUGUGUGCUUGAUGGAGAGGAUGAAGUCAAAAUCUCCACCUUUAGACUCGUGGCCGUCAUUGUCAAGGUACCGUUUGCUGAGCAGGAUGGAGCGAAUCUCUACAAGGUUGCAGUCAAGGAAGCUAUCAAGAGUGUCUCAACCUCAUCGUCCACCACCUCAGAUCUCUCACAAGCGGCUCUGAAGAUGCUUGCUGUUAUUCUUAGGGAUAGGAAGGAUAUAGCUGUUAAAGACGCUGCCGUGGACUUGCUGUUAGGCAAGCUCAAGGACGACCUUACCGAACCACUGUAUCGACAUGUCACCUUCAACUUUGUUCGAUCUGUGCUGGAUCGUCGUAUAGAAACUGCUGUCGUUUACGACACGCUGGACUAUAUCGGAAUUGUCAUGAUUACUAACGACGACAAGGAUACGAGAGAUCUUGCUCGCGGUGCCUUUUUCCAGUUUAUUCGCGAGUAUCCUCAGAAGAAGGCCCGCUGGGCGAAACAGCUCAGCUUUGUUGUUGCAAAUCUCAAGUACAACCGCGAAGGUGGUCGUUUGUCUGUCAUGGAGGUUAUUCAUCUGCUUCUUCUCAAAUCAUCUGACGAUUUUGUUCAAGAAGUGGCCGCCACCUGCUUCUUGCCUCUCUUCUUUGUUCUGGCGAACGACGACAGCGAAAAGUGUCGUCUUGCAGCUGGCGAGCUCCUUAAGGAGGUGUUCAGAAGGGCCGACAAGGAGCGAACGCAGAGUUUUCUCACCUUGCUGCGAACGUGGCUGGACAAGGACGAGGCGGUUCUGCGACUGGCGCUUCAGAUCUGGGCACACUAUUUCGAAUCCAACGAGAAUUCCUCCAAGAACCGGAAGGAUUUCAAGCUGGUACUGAACAAGGUAUCUGAAGUUUUGGGUGCAGAAAACCUUGUUGAUGUGGAUGGCGAUCUUUUGGAGUCUACACUGGGCCUGGCCGGUGUUCUACUCGAUGUCUUCCCCGAGAAGAUCCUCAGCCCUGAUCAAGACGAGUUGUGGACUUGCAUCUCAGGUUGCAUGGCCCACUCCCAGACCACAGUCAAGGUGUCGGCUAUCAGAUUGAUAUCUCGAUACCUCGCCGAUUUUGCCCAAGCCGGAGGUGCCGCGUCGCCUGGAGAACCAACCCCCGGCUCGUACGGUGCCGUCCUCGGGUUUGAGCGAGUUCAAGAUACUGCUCGGCUUGCGCUCAACGUGCUCAACAGCCCUGGCGUCGACGAGUCUCUCGCAACUGAAGCUGGCCAAGUCUUGAUUUUCCUGGGCCCUCGCCUGCCCACGCCCGCAUCUUCAGUUGAUCCUCUCAAGGACAACGAGGAGGCAGAGAACGAGAGUGAGGAUGAGUCCACUGAGAAGCAGCCCAGGAAGAGGGACAUCCAAUACCUGUUCUGGCGAUUGUCGGGUAUCCUGCGAAAGGAGAUACCUCCCAGAGCUGCUGCUGUUGUUCCCAAGACGGUCGCGAUGGAAGUGCUGGAGACCAUCUGCCGUCGCUCAGCCAAGGAGCGUCUUGAAACCUCGUUCAAGACUAUUCUCGUUCCCUUGCACCAUCUCACCGAUCCCUCCAUUCCUAUGCCCGUAUCCAUGGAUGAAGUGUUCAAAACAAAGCUUGAGCAUCUCAAGAGCAGAUCCCAGAUCCUCAUGGACGCCCUGCAGAAGAAGUUUGGCACCGCCGAGUACAGCCAGCAGCUGAUGGAGAUUAACGAAGCAGUCAAGGCGAGAAGACAGCAGCGAUCCAGCAAGAGGAAGAUUGAGGCCAUCGCGCAACCCGAGAAGUACGGCAAGGACAAGCGCAAGAAGUUCGAGAAGAACAGAGACAGGAAGAAGGCUAGAUCGACGGAACAGAAGGCAAAGAGGCAAUCCUACAAGGGGUGGUGA